CACCGCAUCGAAGAGAAGAAAAUAAAAAACAAAAUCACUUCACAUCACUUGCGAAAACAAACGAUUUCCUAGCGAACAAGCAUCGUCGAGUCGUUCAGUUUCUAGGUAAGAAACUAAGAAUGGAUGUGAUAAAAACGCAACAGAUAUCGGCGAGACCAAUCGAGAAAGUGAUAGUGCACCCUCUAGUACUGCUCAGCAUCGUUGAUAACUACAACAGAGUAGCUAAGGACACCCGCAAACGUGUCGUUGGGGUCUUGCUUGGCUCCAGUUUCAAGGGCACCGUCGAUGUAACUAACAGUUAUGCAGUGCCAUUUGAAGAAGAUGACAAGGACCCAAGCAUCUGGUUUCUUGACCACAAUUACCACGAAUCAAUGUUUUCCAUGUUCAAAAGAAUAAAUGCCAAGGAGCAUGUCGUGGGGUGGUACAGCACUGGGCCAAAACUGAGGGAAAAUGACCUGAAGAUUCACGGAUUAUUUAACGAUUAUGUUCCAAAUCCUGUCUUGGUCAUAAUUGAUGUCCAACCAGAAGAGUUGGGAAUACCCACAAAAGCAUACUAUGCUGUUGAAGAGGUAAAAGAGAAUGCUACCCAGAAAAGUCAGAAGGUGUUUGUUCAUGUGCCAUCAGAAAUUGCUGCCCAUGAUGUCGAGGAAAUUGGUGUAGAACACUUAUUGAGGGAUGUGAAGGACACAACUAUCAGUACUCUUGCAACUGAGGUUACUGGGAAACUCGCAGCGUUGAAAGGGUUGGAUGCUCGACUAAAAGAAAUACGUGGUUAUCUUGACCUUGUUAUCGAAGGAAAGCUCCCAUUAAACCAUGAGAUUCUGUACCAUCUACAGGAUGUGUUCAACCUGCUUCCAAACCUUAACGUGGCAGACUUGAUCAAGGCUUUUGCAGUGAAAACAAAUGAUAUGAUGUUGGUUAUCUAUCUCUCUUCACUCAUCCGAAGUGUGAUCGCUCUCCACAACUUAAUCAGCAACAAGAUGCUCAACAAAGAACAUGAGAAAGCAGAAGACUCGAAGCCUAUCAUUGUACCUUCUGUUGCAGGAAUCUAGAUAUGGUAAUUUCCACAGCCUGGAUUUUCUGUAGUUGCCUGUUCUCUAGAGAUUAAUUGCAUUUACUUAAUUUCUCUCUAGUUACUCAAAGCCUCAGAUAAUCUUGUAUUUUGUGGUGCAAGAAAGGGGGAGUCUCUAGGGGUUAUACUGGAAAACAUCGCUCGAAGUUGUUUUCUUGUGAUUGAAAUACAGUAUUAAAAUUCAUUUUGAUGUCCUCAACAGUAUUUGCAAAAUUCUAACUUGAUGAUUGACAGAUGCUCAUUCUUUGGCAUUAAA